AUGCUGGAGGCUGCGGCCGUUGCCGGCGCUCGCGUGGAUCUCGCGUGGCACUCUUCACGUGAUCGUGACCAAUGUGGCUGCACGCGCCGCGCGCAGGCGCGCGUAUCAAGCUUGCUUCCUGCCGCCAUCUUCACCGCCGACUUGCUGGCUGACAUGGUGGACCCCCCACAAUUGCGGAUAUCCUGCAGAAUGGUCUGUACCGACCAGUGGCUAGUCACGCACGUCGAUCCAUCGUGGCCUGUCUCUCAACUCAAGCAAAUUCUCGUCCAGAGGUUCUCAAGGGAGCGCAAAACCGUGGAGAAGAGUCGGCGUACCAUCCCUGUUUCUCCCCAUAAGACCCGUCGGCGCUCUCUCUCGCCCAUCACAUUCGCUGCGCCCCGCAAACCUCGUCCGAUAGUGACGGAGAACACGCCUUCGGUUGUGAGCGAGGAGGGACCAGAAGCGGCAGAGGAAACUGAAGAGCUUGACAGCGACGAAGAAGACGACGAGGUGGUGGACGUCAACAAGGCCUUGAGCGAGGCGCACCGCUACAAGUACAACACCCGGCCGUCAACUUCCUCUACAUCAGACACUGUCUCCCGGCUCCCUCCUCCCGAGAGUUCCGGUACGUCGCAAGAAGUCGAGGGGUGCGUUCUUAUCACCUUCUCCACGACCCAGAUUUUGGAGGACCGCUUCUCCCUUGACUGGUAUGACAUACACCCCGGCGAGCUGCUCGAGCUGCACCCACUGGCCCACUCCUUCAUCUCCCUGCCACGAUUCUCGCUGGACGCAUACAUUGCACCGUACUUCGCGGCGAGAGUGUGGGCUCUCCGAGUCGUCGGGAAUGCCUUGGACUCUACGCUCCGAGAUCUUGGAAUCCCACGCGAUCAUCAGACAGACGAUGAGAUCCCGGACGUCAGCCCGAGAUCCCCAUUGCUGCGCGACAGGAAGAAGAAAAUCACGCUUGAAUGGAAAGAGAGCUACGACUCCGCCGCGACACCGAACCAUGAGCCAGGACUCCCUGUCCGUACCAUUCGAGCGAAACUCGUCGGAGGCAUCAUCCCCACCAGCACGGGACGCGUGGUGGCGACGCGGAUCACGCGAGGCGUCCGCGACUUUGAGCAGUAG